UUAAAUUGUUAUUAGAUAGUGAUUGUGUAGUAAAAUUUGGAGAAUCUAUCAUGAAACUUGACAUAGAUCAAGUGAAGAAAAAUAUAGAUGUUCGUUAUAUUGUUGAUGGAAAUAUGGCUCCAAUGGUUAUUAGAAACGACAAUGGUAUUAAGAUUUACGUUGAGUUAAAAAAAAUAUUUACAGAUUUUGUAAUGUAUCCGUUAUGCAUUACGACAAGGGAUAAAUCGACUGAAGAUCGAGAAUUUGAUGUUGAAACGGGUGCGGUUAUGUGUGUCGAAGGAACAGAAUCAGAUGCAUCUGCACUUGCCGUUGUUGAGUCUAAUAAUCAAUACGCUUUGUAUGUACCAGAAAUUGAAACUAGUAAAUUCACCACCGAUUGUCACUCGGUUGAGAUUUUAAGGUGUUUGAAUGAAUCAAUUUCAAUAUUAAUAAUAUAAAAGUAAUGAUAUUGUUGUUGGAGAAAGUAUUUCUUUUUUGAGAUUGAUUUCAAAAAACAAUCCCCUUCGAUG